CAUUAUAUAAUUACCUAUUAAUUUCUAAUUAAAGGUUUAUUCUAAAUUAAAUUUAAUAUAAUAAUAGUAAUAGUCUUGUUUCCUAGUUUGUUUCUAUAUAGAAAGAAUCGAACCAGUUGACCUUAGUGCAGUAGCUGCAAUCCGUUUCUGAUUUUCCCAUUUCUAUUACAAUCUCAUCACUCAAUUAUCUUAUGGCGGCCACUGUUGUUGGUGAAGCUUUUCUCUCUGCUUUCAUUGAAGUUGUCCUUGACAGACUUGCUUCUCAUCAGGUUGUUGACUUGAUCUGUGGGAAGAAACUUGACGUCAAUUUGGUUCAACGGUUGAAGAACACUCUUUAUGCUGUUGAAGCUGUGCUCAACGAUGCGGAGCAGAAACAGAUUCAUGACUCUGCUGUCAACAAAUGGCUUGAUGAUCUCAAAGAUGCUCUCUAUGUUGCUGAUGACAUUCUUGAUCGGAUUUCUACUAAAGCUGCAACUUCUCAGAAGAACAAAGAGGUCAGUACUGCUAACUACUUUUCUCGCUUUUUCAACUCUGAGGAAAGGAAUUUGGUUUGUAAGCUGGAAGAUAUAGUUGCUAAGCUUGAAUACAUUCUCAAUUUCAAAGAUAUUCUUGGCCUUCAACAUAUUGCAACUCAUCACUCAUCAUGGAGAUCUCCAUCAACCUCUUUAGAAGACAGAUUUACCGUAUUUGGUAGGGAUCAAGACAAAGAGGCCAUACUCAAAUUACUGUUAGAUGAUGAUAAUCAUAAGGAUGGAAUUUCUGUGAUCCCUAUAGUUGGUAUGGGUGGAGUGGGAAAAACUACUUUAGCUCAAUCUGUGUACAACCAUGAUACUAUAAAGCAGAAAUUCAAUGUUCAAGCAUGGGCUUGUGUUUCUGAUCAUUUUGAUGAAUUGAAUGUUGCAAAGGCCAUCUUGGAGUCAAUUGUGGGGAAUGCUUGUAGCACAGAUAACAAAGAGUUGCUUCAUCGUGAUUUGAAGGAAAAACUAGCUGGAAAAAAGUUCUUAAUUGUUUUGGAUGAUGUAUGGACCGAGGAUUAUGACGGCUGGAAUUCUCUUUUAAGGCCUCUUCAAUACGGAGCUAAAGGAAGUAAAAUUCUUGUAACAACCCGUAUCCAAAAAGUUGCUUCUAUGGUUCAAACUUUUCAAAAUUACUCUCUUGAGAAAUUGUCUGAUGAAGAUUGUUGGUCAGUGUUUGUAAACCAUGCAUGCCUUUCUCCAGAAGAAUUCAGUGAGAAUAAGAAUCUCCUUAGAAUUGGCAAAGAGAUUGUUAGAAAAUGUAAGGGGUUGCCUUUAGCAGCACAAUCACUUGGGGGCUUGUUGCGAAGUAAACGUGACAUCAAGGAUUGGGAUAAUAUACUAAAUAGUAACAUUUGGGUAAAUGAGAGUAAUAUCAUUCCAGCUCUAAGAAUUAGUUAUCAUUAUCUCCCUCCUUAUUUGAAACGCUGCUUUGUUUAUUGUUCCUUGUAUCCUAAGGAUCAUAAAUUUUUUAAAGACAAGUUGAUUUUGUUGUGGAUGGCUGAAGAUCUUUUACAACCUCAAAACAACGGGAAGACUUUAGAAGAAGUUGGUUAUGGGUAUUUUGAUGACUUAGUUUCAAGAUCGUUUUUUCAACAUUCUGGAAAUAAGAAUCAGAGUUUUGUGAUGCAUGAUCUGGUGCAUGAUUUAGCGAUAUUGCUUGGCAGGGAUUUCUAUUUCAGAACAGAAGAACUCGGGAAAGAAACGAAGAUCGGUACCAUGACCCGUCAUUUAUCAUUUAGAAGCUUCAGUGGUCAAGUCUUUGAAAGCUUUGAUAUUUUUGACCGAGCAAAACAUCUUAGGACGUUUUUGACAAACUAUUUUAAACCCCCUCCUUCCAAUAUCGAAAAGGCAUCAUGCAUCAUUUUAUCCACAUUGAAGAGCUUGAGAGUUUUGUCAUUUCACAACUCUCCAUAUCUUGAUGCAUUGCCCGAUUCGAUAAAUGAACUGAUCCAUUUGCGUUACUUGGAUCUCUCAGCCACGGCAAUUAAAACAUUACCAGAGUCAUUGUGUAAUUUGUAUAAUCUACAAACGUUGAGGUUGCACAAUUGUCGAGAACUAACCUGGCUUCCCAAUGACAUGCAAAAUCUUGUAAAUUUGCGCCAUCUUGAUAUCCGUGGAAAUCGUAAGUUAGAAGAAAUGCCUGUUGGAAUGAGCAAAUUAAAUCAGUUGCAUUAUUUAAGUUACUUUGUUGUGGGAAAACAUGAAGAGAACGGGAUCAAGGAACUGGGGACACUUUCAAAUCUUCACAGAUCACUUUCCAUUAAGAAAUUAGAGAAUGUUACCAACAGCUUUGAAGCAUCAAAGGCAAAGAUAAUGGAUAAGAAAUACCUUGAAGAAUUAUCGUUUGUAUGGUCUCAAGAUGCAAAGGACGAUUUUAAGAAUUCACAAAGCGAGAUGGAUAUACUUGGAAAUUUACAACCUACCAAGAACCUGAAAAGGCUAGAAAUUGGUGGAUACAGGGGCACAAAAUUUCCAGAAUGGGUUGGAGAUCCUUCCUACCAUAAUUUGACUGAUUUAUCUUUCUAUAAUUGUCAUAAUUGUUGCAUCCUGCCCCCACUAGAACAACUACGCUCUCUUAAGAAAUUGAGAAUUAGUAGAAUGAGUAUGAUCGAGAUUAUUGGAUCUGAAUAUGGUGAUUUUUUUUCAGAGACACUUUUUCCUUCCCUUGAACGUCUUGAGUUCCGUGACAUGCCUUGUUGGGAAGUGUGGCAUCAUCCCCAUGAAUCAGCUGCUCCCUUCCCUAUAUUGAAGACCCUUUUGCUUAUUGGUUGUCCUAUAUUACGGGGAAAUUUGCCAUCUCAUCUUCCUGCUUUGGAAGUACUUGUGAUUGAACAAUGCUACCAACUUGCUUCUUCUCUCCCAAGGUCCCUUGUCAUAACUAAACUAGAGGUUUCUGAAAGCAAUAAAGUAGCACUACCAGAGCUACUACCACUUUCAUUAACAGAGUUAAAAACUCAAGGAAGAGCGGUAAUAGAGUCCGUGUUUGAAGCCUUCAGAAUCACCUUACCAACUUCUCUUCAAAAUUUAUACAUUGAGAAUUGUUCAUCUGCAAUAUCAUUUCCGAGAGAUUGUUUGCCCACAUCCUUGCAUUACCUGACUAUUAGGAAUUGUGAAAAUCUAGAUUUCCCAAUGCAAAACCACCAACUCGAGUCACUUGUGUAUUUGUAUAUAAAAAGGAGUUGUCAUUCUCUUAGAACCCUCCCACUGGAAACCUUUCCAAAUCUUCGAUAUCUGAAAAUCAGAAACUGUGAAAACAUAGAAAAUCUUUCCGCUUUGAAGAACCUUCAAAAUCUCGCUGAUAUUAGGAUUAGAGGCUGCCCCAAUUUUGUAUCAUUUCCAAGAGAGGGAUUGUCUGCACCAAACUUGAAUACAUUGCAUGUCUCCUGCUGCGUUAAUUUAAAGUCACUUCCUUGUCACAUACAUACUCUUUUCCCAAUGUUAGAAAAUGUGACAAUAGAAGAUUGCCCAGAAAUUGAGACUUUUCCAGAAGGGGGUAUGCCGCCUAGCUUGAGAAAACUUCAGAUCUUGAAUUGUGAAAAAUUAUUGAGGAACCCGUUGCUAACUUUGUUAGACAUGCUUACCCAUCUUUCCAUUACUGAUGGUUCUGAGUCCUUCCCCAAGGAGGGUUUUGCGAUGCUACCUCCCUCCCUUACCUCCCUUACCCUAUGCAAAAUGUCCAAUUUGUUCACUGUGGAGUGUAGGGGGAUUCUCCAUCUCACGUCCCUCCAAAACUUUGAAAUUAAAAGCUGUCCCAAGCUGGAGAAUAUGGUGGGAGACAGACUACCUGCUUCUCUGCUAAAACUUCAAAUAUAUGAAUGUCCUCUGCUGGAAGAACGGUGCCGCAUGAAACACCCGCAAAUCUGGCCCAAACUUUCCCACAUCCCAAACAUUAAGCUUGACAGCAGAUGGAUUUAUUAAGCUUGAACUUGGAUUUUAAAUUGUUUGCUGUACAAGGUCGUAUGGGUGGUUGUUGGUAAAAAAGGCCGUAUGGGUGCAUGCAGAUUCACAACAAACUUUUUUUCAUAUUUACAGGUAAAAAUUAUCUUAGCAGAGAUCUCGUUAUUGUUGUGGCCAUAUGUGAAUGAUAUAGUUAAUAAUUUGUCGGGUCUUAAAAAUAUCAUAUUAUUUUACCUUGUAUGUUUGUUCUGCACUCGUAUUUUGGCGCUGAGACAUAGUCUCGUUUUUAUUAACAUCCACAAGCCAUUUCUUUUUCAUAUUCACUUCAUUUAGAGCUAGCAUUUUGGAUAUCUUUUCAAGCUUUGGAAAAGAACGAACAAAAAGAAACUCACGAGUAUGUAUACGUAAACAUUAACUUAACAUACAAUCUACAAAUGAAAAUGUUGAAAUGAAUGAACUGUUGAUAUAGUUCCAAAACCAGUUUUAUGCAAUGUCUGCCAUCCAUAAUCUGUCUACUUUUUUACUUUCUUAGCACACAUGUAUCUUUUUUGUGCAUCAUGUUCAUGCAUGGCAAUCACCUGGAAUGAGAUCAUCAUAUGUUAAGAAGCAAAGAUCCACCACUUUUUUCACAGGCCUUCUUAAGCAUACACGUCAGGAGCAAGGAAAAGAAGAAAGGUUUGCACCAAUGAACAAGGAAGUGAAACAAGAUGGCGCAAGACAGGGAGAACCAGAGAGUUUUGUGCUAAUGAUGUUGUGAUGAAGAGUUAAAAAAGUUACUUGUACGCAACACCAACUAUUGCAGGCAUGGAAAACCUGAGAAGACUAACUGCGUGAUGCAUCAAUACAAUUUUGACAGUAAUGAAGUAGAGAGAGAUGAGGAAUUAGUUGGUUCACAGGUCUACUACCAGACACAGCCUAGACAAGAUGGGGUUUCUGUUGUAAAAGAUUCAUAUGAAGAGAUAACAAAUAGUGUAAUCAUGUGCUAAAUAAAAUUGAGGUUAGCAAAGAUGAUGGAAAAAGAAAUUUGGGGUUGGAAGCAAAAGGCAUUGUCCAAUUCCAAAUGCUCAAUUAACUUGGAGGAAAAGUAAAAUAAUAAAAAGACAUUAGACAAUGAUGAAAUUGAAGUGCAUGAUGUUGGUUUAGAAGAGAGCCCCAAGUUUAAGCUAGACCUUACAGAACAUAAAAUUUUCAAGAAGACUAGUUGACUUUUUUUCUUUUUUUGAUGGAAAAACAUAGACAUAUUAAAAGAUGGCCAAACUAGCCGAAACUACAGGAUAUUCCUCGACACGAGGGAUAACACCUAACUAAGUACGAGAGCCAACCGACUUCCCAAUGCCCACUAAACUAUGAGCAUCAGUAUUGGCAUCCCUUCCUAUAAACAUAAUAGAAGACUAGUUGACUUUGAUAUGGAAGUUACAAUACUAAAAUUAAGGAAUUUUAAAUGAAGAUGAAGGUUGACUUUGAUAUGGAAGAUCUUGAAAAGUUUUAUUAUUUUUUAAGAAUAGAAUUUCUAGAAACCUCAUAGAAUCUAACACUUCAUUAGGUCAAGUAUGCAACUGAUAUUUCGAAAAACAAAUUUGAGAUUCUUGAGUGUAAUUUUGUAGUAACACCUACUAAAACAGGAGGGAAUUAUAGGAGUUUUUUUUUUUUUUGAGCAAAGGAGGGAAUUAUAGGAGAUUAAGAUGAUGAAAUUGUGGAUUCUAUAAUGUUUAAGAAUUUGGUUGGUUCAUUAAGGUAGAGAAAUAAUUGGAUAUGGAAACAAACUUAUAUUCAUAUUCUAAACAACUAAUAAGAAGAU